AUGCGCUGUUGGCAGCGACGACCCCCCAAUCUAAUGAGCACCACUAUACGCCGGUUCAUAAGACAGUUCAGUCUCGGUUCUGCCGUCUUGAAAGAUGAUGCUUUAGGACCAGAACGUGGCACGGGAGCUAGCUUCUCCAAAGUCACAUAUGCUCGGGUCGCUCCUCUGGUAGGACUUGUUCCGGGAAAGGAGCUGAGCGACAUUGGGACCUUUGAGAUUCACCGUUCUCGGAUUCCCACACAGCUUUUCAAGUCGAUCGUGACCGACAUGGAUGUCAUGUUAAUGCAGUACGGUGCCCCUCCUGAGCAUAAAACGGAAGAGGCGACAUCGAGGUUCUUUUCUCCGGUUUUCAACCACCUGGUUAAGCAGUUCUCUUUCAUGUUGAGGAAUAAACCAGAGACUAUGAUCAAUGGUCACAUUGGUACACGGGGUCGUGUCGACUACUACUUCCAAACUUUUGGCGCUGUCGCGGUUCUCUGUAUUGAGAUGCAGCUCGAGGUGGGAAACGAUGAUGAACGUUUGGAAGUGAUUGCUCAGGUUAUAGCUGAAUGUGAUUGCUGUGACCUCGAAAACUCCGUCCAGGGAUUUUCUCUGCCUAUCCACUGCAUUUUUACGGAUGGCUUGACUUACGAAUUCUUCAAGUUCGAAAGAAACCCAAAUCCAUCUUUUAUCCGUGGUUGCUUUCCUGGAGAUCCGAACCACCUCCGGCGUGGCCUGAAAGUACCCAACUAUUCGUACAUGAAGACUACUCUUCCUUUCAUUCUCCAGCUUCGUUGCGCAUGUGAGACAAUUUUUGACAUGAUGCUGAGUGCAUAUAUUGCUGGCUUAAAGGCGGAAGAAAAGGGGAAGAGGCAAGGUCCUAAUUUAGAUGGAUGGGAUCGGGCACUUCAGUUGGCUGACCGUGCAUUGGCAGCAUUUAGGCAAGCUGAGGUUCAACGCAAGGAUGGUGAUCUUGAUUCUUCGGAUGCGACCGUUGAUCAAGCACUUCUUGCGCUACAGGAGAGGUAUAAAUUCUACUCUCAUCUACAGUCUGACCAGUCAUUUCUUACUCUCUCUCAGUACAGGAGCAGUGCCGACUUUUUACAGAUCUGA